UCACACUUUGUACUGUAUCAUCAUCUUCAUUUUCAAAACCUUUGGAAAGAAAUGAUUCUUUCAAAUAAAAAUAAAAUAAGAUCCAAUCCCCAACGCACCACGAGGCCCGAAAUCUCUGCAACAAGCAAAGAAACACCAAAACCCUUCGUCACUAUUCACGUAUUCCUUCCCCUCCCUUCUCUCCAAUUCUACCCUGUUCUAUUAUAAAUUACAGUUGGUACAGUGAAACCGCCGUCGUUCCCACGUCAGCUUUGAAAAUGGACGAGACCGGUUCAGACCCGCAGGUCACGUACCUCCACGGUGACCUGGACCUGAAGAUCAUCGAGGCCCGCCACUUGCCGAACAUGGACAUCGUGGCACAGCACUUCCGCCACUGUUUCACCGCCUGUGGCACUAUCAAAAUCCCACACUCCAAAGAAAUUUCCGACCAUGGUAAUCGCGAAGACGACGGCAAGGUCCUCCACCACCGCACAAUCGUCACCAGCGAUCCGUACGUCAAAGUUUCGGUGCCCCAGGCCACGGUGGCGCGCACACGUGUCAUCAAGAACUCUCAGAACCCUAAGUGGAACGAGGUCUUCUAUAUUCCACUGGCACACCCCGUAAUUUAUUUGGAAUUACAGGUCAAAGAUGACGACAUUUUCGGCGCAGAGCUCAUUGGCACCGUCAAUAUCCCGGCGCCGAAGAUCGCCUCCGGCGAGCACAUCUCCGGCUGGUUUGAUAUCAUCGGAACCUCCGGCCAGCCGCCGAAGCCGGGCUCGGCGCUACGGCUCGAGAUGCAGUUCACGCCGUUUGAGAAAACCCCUGCUAACCGGCACGGCAUAGCGGGCGAUCCGGAUCACCGGGGCGUGAGGCACACGUACUUCCCGUUGAGGAAGGGUUGCUCGGUGAUACCGUACCAGGACGCGCACGCGCGGGACGGGAUGCUGCCGGAGAUCCAACUGGACGGAGGGAAGGUUUACCGGCAGGAGAAGUGCUGGGAGGACAUUUGCCAUGCGAUCGUGGAGGCUCACCAUUUGGUGUACAUUGUGGGCUGGUCGAUUUACCACAAGGUGAAGCUGAUUCGGGAGCCCACGCGCUCGUUGCCGCGUGGUGGGGACUUAACACUCGGUGAUUUGCUAAAAUACAAGUCCGAAGAGGGCGUGCGGGUUUUGUUGCUAAUUUGGGACGAUAAGACCUCGCACGACAAGUUCGUGAUCAAAACGAAUGGAAUGAUGCUGACGCACGAUGAAGAAACCAAGAAGUUUUUCAAGCAUUCAUCUGUCACUUGUGUGCUGGCACCUCGCUAUGCAAGCAGUAAGUCGGGCUAUUUCAAGCAGCAGGUCAUUGGAACCCUUUUUACACACCAUCAAAAAUGUGUUCUUGUGGACACGCAAGCAAGUGGUAAUGAUCGUAAGAUAACUGCAUUUUUAGGAGGGAUUGAUCUUUGUGAUGGUCGCUAUGAUACACCUGAGCAUCGGCUAUUUCGUGAUCUUGGCACUGUAUUUAAGGAUGAUUUUCACAAUCCCACAUUUCCUGCUGGAACUAAAGCUCCAAGGCAACCAUGGCAUGACUUGCACUGCAAAGUUGAUGGGCAUGCUGCAUAUGAUGUUCUUAUAAACUUUGAGCAGCGUUGGAGGAAAUCAACAAAAUGGAAAGAAUUUGGACUACGUCUCAAAAAAAAGGUUUCCCAUUGGAACGAUGAUGCCUUAAUAAAAAUAGAUCGUAUCUCUUGGAUACGAAGUCCUCCACCAUGGGCUUUAAAGGAUGGUACCACACGUGUUCCGGAAGAUGAUCCCCACUUAUGGAUUUCCAGUAAACGUGAUGAUCCUGAAAUUUGGCAUGUUCAGAUAUUGAGGUCCAUUGACUCGGGGUCACUGAAAGGAUUUCCCAAAACCGUUGAUGCUGCUAUUGCCCAGAACCUUAUUUGUGCGAAAAAUCUAAUAAUAGAUAAAAGCAUUCAAAUGGGAUACAUCCAGGCGAUCAGAUCUGCUCAACAUUUCAUAUAUAUUGAAAAUCAGUAUUUUCUUGGAUCAUCAUAUGCGUGGCCAUCAUAUAAAUAUGCAGGAGCUGAUAAUCUAAUCCCAAUGGAGUUGGCAUUAAAGAUUGCUAGUAAAAUUAGAGCAAAGGAGAGAUUUGCAGUUUAUGUUGUUAUACCAAUGUGGCCUGAGGGUGAUCCAAAUUCUGCACCUAUGCAAGAAAUUCUCUUUUGGCAGAGCCAAACGAUGCAAAUGAUGUAUGAUAUAGUUGCAAAGGAACUGAAAGCGAUGCAGCUUGUGGACUCUCAUCCUCAACAUUACCUCAAUUUCUAUUGUCUUGGUAACCGGGAAGAUUUUUCCGAGGAAAGCUUGAGUGAUAAUGCUGAUAAGAUCUCGAGUGCACAAAAGUUUAAGCGGUUUAUGAUCUAUGUACAUGCCAAGGGAAUGAUAGUAGAUGAUGAGUACGUAAUUCUGGGAUCUGCCAAUAUUAACCAGAGAUCCAUGGCUGGUACAAAGGACACAGAGAUAGCUAUGGGUGCAUAUCAGCCCCAUCACACUUGGGCUGCAAGGAAGAAACAACCACACGGCCAGGUCUACGGAUACAGAAUGUCACUGUGGGCUGAGCAUCUUGCAUCAGUGGAAAAACUUUUCAAGGAGCCAGAGAGUUUGGAAUGUGUACUGAGAGUGAAUGAGAUUGCAGAUGAGAAUUGGAAGAGAUAUACUGAUGAGACUUUUAGACUAUUGCACGGCCACCUUCUUAAGUAUCCUAUUCAGGUAGAUGUUGAUGGGACGGUCGGCCCCCUGCCCGGACACGAGAAUUUCCCAGAUAUAGGUGGAAGAGUACUUGGAGCUCAUUCCAUCAAGCUUCCUGAUACUCUAACUACAUAAUCUCCUCCCAUGUCGUGGAUGGUAGUGAAGAAUGGCAGUGACAUAUUCACAGGGCUUUUAGGUUGUUCAAUUGAAGGGGUCAAAGUUUGUUCUCACCCUCUCUCUACCCCCCUUCACUGUAUGUUUGUAAUGUUGUACAAAUGCACGAACAUGGUGAGAAGGUUGAAAUGUUGUGAAUAUUUAUUCAUGUACAAAUCAUAACACUUGGAGAGGCUCUUUUGAGAAUGGUGGCUUUUCUUUUA